AUGUUUUCUGUGGUUGAUUUAGCAACAAAUAUAGCCCUCUCGGUGACAAUUCUCUUUGCCUCUCGCUUCCUCUGGAACUAUGUCCGGUCUCCAUUGAAGUCUUUCCCAGGCCCUAUCGCCACAAGCUGCACCAAUAUUUGGCGCUUUUGGGAUGUGUUUCGGGGACGCUGUGAUAUAACACAACUUGCUUUGCACCGCAAAUAUGGCUCUGCUGUUCGAGUGGGACCGAAUGUUCUCAGUCUUUCCGAUCCCAGCUUGAUUGGCCAGGUUUACAACACCAGACACCCAUGGAUCAAGAGCUCAAUGUACAACGUCAAUGAUGUUGUCAUCGGUGGUGUUCGGCUGAGCAAUCUGUUCUCUUCUCAGGAUGAGAAGUGGCACUCAACUUUCAUACGUCCCGUCAAGAGUAUGUACUCGAUGAGUAGAGUUCAGGAGGUUGAGAGUACUAUGGAUGUCACUAUCAAGUUGCUUUUCGACAAACUCCGUGCGAAGUUUGUCGGCACUGGCCAGACUUGUGAGAUGUCGGAUUGGAUCAACUUCUUCGCCUGGGACACAAUGAGCCAGGCCACCUUCUCUCAGGACCUGGGAAUCCUCGAGGCCGGAGGCGACGAUAAAGGCUUUCUCAGAAACUCCGACCGGACGCUUGAUUACUUCGCUUCUAUUUGCCAAAUCCCUCUUUUGGAUCGGUUCCUCGAUAAGAACCCGAUCAUGCGUGUUGGCCCACCAACCUUCGCUUGGGCUAACAUUUUCAGUCUGGGGCAACUUCAAAAACGUUACCAGGAAGAAAAGGAGACCAAACAAGAUUACCUUGCUAAAUUUCUCGAGAUCAAAGAGAAGAACCCAGAGCUGGUCGACGACAACGUCAUUAUCUUGUGGCUUUUGUCAAAUGUCCUGGCGGGCAGUGACUCUACAGCUUAUACCAUGAGUGCGGCAAUUUACUAUAUUCUGAAAAACCCCGAGGUUCAUAAGAAGCUCUGCGCUGAGCUCCGUGGUGCUAACCUUCCUCUCCCGGCAAAAUGGAAGGACAUUCACGGGCUUAAGUAUCUUGAGGCAGUGAUGCGUGAGGCUAUGCGUGUCCAUCCUGGCGUCGGUCUGAUACUCGAGCGUGUUGUUCCUAAGGGCGGAUUGUCUCUCCCCGACGGGCGCUUUGUGCCAGAAGGAGUUGUUGUGGGAAUGAAUCCCUGGAUAAUCAAUAAGAACGAGGAGAUUUUUGGCGCCAAUCCUGAUGAUUUUAUUCCGGAACGCUGGCUGCAAACCUCCAGUGAAUCCGACGAGGUGUACCAAGCACGCUUUUCUAAGAUGAAAGGUACAGAUAUGACAUUCGGGGCUGGAUCACGCGCUUGUCUUGGGCAAUAUUUGUCUCAGCUCGAGAGUUACAAGCUCAUUGCAACCUUGUUCAGCACUUUUGACGUGGAGCUCUCGAGCCCAGAUCACGAGAUGAAGAUUAUAAACUCUUGGUUUGUAAGAACUGAAAACUUGCCCGUCCGCCUAUCAGAGCGCAAGGACGGGGCGGUGUUUGUUUAA